UCAAAUUUCUGCCCUGCUAGAGCUGCCCCGGUCAACUGUAAGUCCUGUUACUGUGAAGUGGAAACUGUUAUGUGUAAGGAUUGGAUGCCACCUGCUGGUAUGGUGCUUAACUGUUAGGUUAUAGACCGGAUACCAUUGCGUGCGAGAUAUGGAAGUUGAUACACGCUGGCGAAUGCACUGUUGGCUUCUUCAAUAAAACUACAUGAAACAAGGUGUCAGAAGUGGUCUAAACGAUACAUGCUCGGACUAUGGCUGCGGCAGGAAAUAUUCCCGCCCCUGAAUACAUAUGUAAAUAAGAUACUCUGAUGGAAUGCUUGAGUUGCAGCCAUCUUAAGACCGCAGAAAUUUGGAUUGCGCUUGAGCCGUUAGUGUCUACAGAAAAUGAGAUUUCAAUCUACAGACUUGAAUCUAUCGCAGGACGUUAUGAGUGCAGAAUAUCAGGGCUGCGCUGGGUAUGUGAGCGCAAAGUCACACUUCUGUACCACUUCAGCUCUUGGGAUCCUCACAGGGCAGUGCUACAAAGCAUGGGGUACAGGCAAGGAGGCCCCUUACUGGACAUCAAAAUCAUUGAAGGAAAACUGAAAGAAGUGCAUCUGCCACAUUUUCUCUGUUUUGGUGCACGGGUUGGAGAUCGUUAUGAUCCCUCUAUAAAGCAGAAAGUGAGAGUUCUUCAUGUAGAAGACCGUGGUGUGUCCAUAGAACAAGUGGAUAAGGUCACCCGCUUCCACGUCAAGAUUCUCCAUCCAUCUUUCUCUCUGAGAGGUGUUAUCCUGCAGGCAUUAGGGUGUUCCGUGCACUGUGACUUGCAGAUCUACCGAGCCAGGACAGCACACCUCACGCUACAUGCUUAUCUGAUGCCAUGUGAUCCUGCACUAACACAGGUAGUGGAGAAACAGGAGAAGUGUCAUGGAUCCACAAGGAUCCUAAAACCAAGACCAGAGAAGUCCCAAUGGUUGACUAGUGAUUUCUACCUCACAACAUCCUGUCCUUCUGAUGUUAACCCUCGUAGAUUGGAGCUCGCACAUGUUGACCCACCAAACUUCUUUGAGGUGUUCAUAAGAGACGCAGAUUCUGACUUCAGUCUGAACCUAAGCUGUAAAAGUCGUAAACAAACCAUAUGGAACCACGAAAUACAAGAAGCUGAAUACAGGGGUCCCAUCUUGACCUCAGACCAGCACUUUGUGGACCUCCACCAGACAGCCCUGAUUGACAGAGUGAGCCAGGUCGAUCCCAUCUUGGACAGACUCCUGAAGAGUGGAGUCAUCACUGCUGAUGGCUACAGUGACAUGAUAGCUGAAAGAAAUAACCAGAAAAAGAUGAGGGAGCUCUUUGAUGGGCCCUUAAAAGGAUGUGGCUCCGAAUGCAAAGAUCGGUUCUUAGAGAUCCUGACAGAGCUGGAGCCAUACCUAAUCAAUCACCUGAAGCGGGAAUGAUGAGCUAGGUUGGUGAAAGGGGAACAUUUGAAGUUUAUUUUAGGGGAAAUGGCAUGAAUGAUGUCAGUUGCGCUUUGUUUUAUUUCUUUAUAAAAGGUGCAUCGUAUCAUUAUUUUUUUAUCAUUACUUUUAUUUACACAUGUACAGUUGGAGUCAUUAAAACUCGUUUUUCAACCAC